AUGGAGAAUGGCAAUGCUUCACGUUUGGAUUAUAAUUUGUCACCUUUGCUCAGCAGCGAUUCCGAAACAAAUAAUGCUUAUGUAAUAUUUAGAGAAAUAGAUGAAAGUUAUGCACAAACGCGAAGUGAUCGCAUCCGUGCCGCAAUGUUUCCUGAUUUAUGUCCUGACAAAACUAGUGGCAUGGGAUCAUCAUCACAUCGUUCAACAAUUGUCUCAAAACUAGCAGAACCAAGCCAAUUGUUAACAACCGCAGUUGUGGAAUUGCUCAGUCUUCAGGAUGAAGCAGAAUUAACGACAAAAGCAAUUCCGGAACUCGUAAAAUUACUUGCGGAUAAAGAUGAAACAGUGAUUAUGCGAGCUGUUCAUAUGGUGCAUAUGUUAUCUCGUGAAAGCAAAUCCGUGAAUGCAAUAGCUUCAAAUGCAACUCUUGUAAAUGCUUUGUGCAGUAUUGCCAGAUUGGAAAAUGACACUAUACGAAGAGAUGCACUUGGUGCUCUUUCACAUAUCUCAGAACAUGCAGAAGGACGUAUGCAAAUAUUCCGUUCUGGUGGUAUUCCGGAGUUAGUUCGAAUGCUUGGCAUUCCAUUGGAUCCUAUUCGUUACUAUGCCAUUACUACGCUUCAUAAUCUGGUUCUUUUCAUGGACUAUGCAAAGGAGGAAACAAGAGCAUGUGGAGGUUUGGAAGCGAUGACACCACUUCUACGGGAAAAUAAUCCACGUUUUUUGGCACUAUUGGCAGAUUCUCUCUAUCUUUUGUUACUGGACAAUCCGCAAAGCAAACUCUUAUUUCUUUCCUUAAGUGGUCCAUCAUCGUUAAUCGGUCUUUUAGAUACACAUCGUCAUUAUCCAAAACUUGUUUAUACUGCGGUGCGCUGCAUUCGAGCGCUCUCAGUGUGCCCACAAAACAAAGCCGCGCUCAUUUCUCUUGGAAUACUGAAUGUUUUGGGUGAUUUCAUUGAUAACGUCGAUGAUAGAACUCAGUUUGCCAUUUUAUGCGCUAUUCGCAAUUUAUCAGAUGCAGCCGCUAAUGAAAGCAGCUUAGGACCUCUGAUUAUCAGUUUAAUUCAUAUCGUUGCCACUGGUGAAGAAUCAACAAGUGCAUGUGCUGCUGGCAUUCUGUCAAAUUUAACCUGCAACAAUAUCCGUAACAAACAAACCUUAUGUUUCAACAGAGGAAUGGAUGCUUUAUGUAGUGCACUUGAACGGUUUUCGACAGUUGAGGAGGUCACAGAGCCAACGCUUUGUGCAUUGAGGCAUUGUACUGCUCGACAUCCACUGGCGUCACAGGCACAAAGUGAUAUUCGCUUAUCACAAACUUUGCCUGUUAUUUUGGAAUUAAUUUCAUCAAUGCGAGCACCAGUUGUGAAAGCAGCUCUCGGACUUGUCCGGAAUCUUGCACUUCUGCCUGCUAACUUGCAUCCCCUAACCCAUGAGAAAACAUCAAAAGGAGAAUCAGUAGUUACUCUAGCAGUGGAUGUUUUGGGACGAGCUGGUACCCAGCUCCGUCAGGAUCCGGACGCACUAGCAGAUGGUGUGGCAAUGCGUGAAUUGGUUGAAGGUGCCGUCUCAGCAUUACAUCAGCUUGGAAAUGAUCCUCAGUCAGCCGAUCUUAUGCUUCGUGACCAUCCGUUUGUUGACAUGCUCAUCAAACUGCUUUCAUGGGAAGAAAUAUACGCAAAUGAUGAUGAAUUGUUACAACGUGAACUUCUUGGACUUCUUUACCAACUCUCAAAGACUCCAGAAGGUGCACGGCAGUUAGAUAUGUAUGGACCAACGCCUGUACUUGUUGAUGCAUUACAUUCCAAGCACAGAGCAAUUUCAACAUAUGCGUCUGGUGUGUUAAAAAAUCUUCAAUUUGAUAAACCAAUGAUGUAUCGUGGAGAACUGGACACAGAAAUUGAAAGUGUAAUAAACAGUGGUGAAGAAUGGAUGCAUGAUGGUCUAGAACCGGAGCUUUUUGCUGAAAUGUACCAUUCCUCAGAAAUGGAACAGCUAGAUCAUCCUCAGUCAUGGCAACAUCCUCCACCUUAUCAGACCAAUAAUCGAAGUCCUUUAUGGUUUGAUACUGAUCUUUAA